GUGUCAGUCGAACGUCAAAAUAAGUAAAUAAACUUAAUUCUUGUUGUUUUCUUCUUUUUUAAUUAAAAUUUAAUAAUACAUUUUAUCAUUUAAAAUGUCUGGUGAAGAUUGCGAUGCCCUAGACCGUGGUGAUAAUGAUGGACAAAAAUCUGAUAAGAUGUUUACUCUCAAGAAAUGGAAUGCUGUUGCAAUGUGGAGCUGGGAUGUAGAAUGCGAUACUUGUGCAAUUUGUCGCGUCCAAGUAAUGGACGCAUGUCUCCGGUGUCAAGGUGAGAGCAAGAAGGAUUCGUACGGCAAGCAGGACUGCGUGGUGGUGUGGGGCGAGUGCAACCACAGCUUCCACUUCUGCUGCAUGUCCCUCUGGGUGAAACAAAACAACCGCUGUCCGCUCUGCCAGCAAGAAUGGUCCAUACAGCGCAUGGGCAAAUAGGUUAAAUUGUUUUUUCGGCAGCUAAGGACUUGGUUCUAAAGAAAACAGCUUAUCGAUCCAUCAAUAAUCUCAUUGGCAAACUAAACCUUCAGUUUUGUGUUUGUUUAUGCGGCUCUUUUAGUAAUAAAGUUUUUUAGUUAAA